UGUUGAUAUAUAUUAAAAAGAAAAAAAAGAAAUCUAUGCGAUUAUAUGAAAAUGCAACAGAAAUUAAUUUAUGAAGUCGUUGGAAAUGAUAACAACAACAAUAAUAACAGUCACACAAAUGAUGAGAAUAAUCAAGUUCAAUUAAAUUUAUUAAAUUGUUCUGAUGAAAUUACUGAUGUAUUGAACCCAUCAGAAUGUACACAAAAAGAUAUGUCUAAUAAAAACCAAACACAGCGUAAAACAAAUCGACCUUUAAAGAGCGACGAAGAAAUUAGAAGAUUUUUUAUAUCUAACCAAUCAUGGAUUGUUAUUUUGUUAAUUCUAAUUAUCAUGAUUGUCAUAGCAUCAUUAUCUCUUUGGUUUGGAGUUGUAUUUUAUGCGUCCAGGUUAUCUAAUGUAGAUAUUGUCAAAGUACCCAGCGGUAGUCAAGUGAUAUCUUCCAAGACAAAUGAAACGAUCAAUAAAAUAUGUUUGGAACCAAUUGAAUCAGGUCCAUGCAGAGCUUCCAUCGAAAUGUUCGCUUUUAGUGUAGACCAAUGGAGGUGUAUCAAAUUCCUUUAUGGUGGUUGCCAGGGAAAUUCUAACCAGUUCGCUAGCGUAGAAGAGUGUGAAGCUGCGUGCUUUUAAGUGAAUUAUCAUUUCAGCAAAUAUGUGUUUCAAGCUAUAUAAUUCAUUGUUUGAUUUCCUUUAGCUUUGUAUAUUACAAUAAAU